UUCAGUAGUCGAAUUAAAUCCGUCGCAUGAAUCGGACGCGGAGGUGCUCGUUGGCAAAUUCAAAUGUAAAGAAAUUUAACAAUUUAUUACAGCGAAUUAGUUGUAAUUAUAAUAAAAAUGCGCUACGCAACCGGUCACUUAAAUUAAUAAGGUGUCAUCAAACGCAACAAGUGGAAUUUAGCUAAAAUACAACAAAAAUAUUUCGCGUAGUGAAAUAAAACGCAAACAAGCAGCAAAAGGCAAACGGAGAAAAACAUAAAGAAGCCGCCACCGUUACCAACUAUUUCGUGUUCUUGUGCAACAGCUUUUGUAUUGCUUUUACAAAAGAUAAAAAUUAGAUAUACACAAAAGUAUAUUCAAAAUAUUAACAAGCUCUCCUCUAUUCAAGAGAAGAUAAAUAAGAAAUUUGCUGAAAAGCUAUUUAUGCUGCCGCUCGUCGCACUAUAAACAAAUCUGGAAUACAUUCAUUUUUCAACAACUGCUGCAUUUUAAAAUCGUCGAUAUCGACGUCGCCGUCACCGUCGCCGCCGCCACCCACGCAACGAAAAUGAGAUCAAAGCAGAAAACUGCUCUGCUGACGUCGCCGUCGAUGCUAGUGUCGAUGCUGCUGUUAGCUCUGCUCGUAGCCGCCACACAAGCAGCUGAUGAGAAAUCUGUGAAACCUUCGGCAGCAGCGCCUUCAUCAUCCUCCUCAACAUCAGCGCACCGAGAUGAGAUUUAUAUCGAUGAUGAUGGCACUGAUGGAUCCGGCGGACAUGGCGGGUUACACGAUGAUCUAGAUAAGGAACCGGACUAUUCUGGCUCUGGUUUUGGACCCGAUGACGAGGACGCCAUAACCGAUCAUCAUCAGAGCUCGCACAAUACGCGAGUACAAAACGUUGGCCACACAAACAGUAAGCAUAAUACGAACGACAACAACAACAACAACAACGACCUCAUCUCGAGUAGAGUCAACCAUCAUAAUCAAAUCGACAUCAGCAAGAACAAUAAUAAUAAUAAUAAUAUCAAUAAUAAUAAUAAUAACAAUCAUCAAGCGAAUAGUGGCACCAUCAUUGGUAGUAGCACCAACGCCAACAACAAUCAUAAUAUCAACAACAACAACAACAACAACGGCAUCAUCAGCAGUGGUAGUGACAUCAGCACAAUCGCAGCUCAUACAACAACAACAACAACACAAAGAACAGACUUCACACCCACCACCCCCACAACCAUACGUACAAACAACCUCGACACAGAGAGCACCAGCACCACCUCAACCACACCAGUCUCCAUCACCACCACCACCACUACCACCUCCACCUCCAGCACAGCUAGAUCAUCAUAUGAUCAAACCCCAGCAAGAAACCAAAGUCAACCAUUGCCAGAACCUGACGAGGAUGAUGAGAAAUUCGAUCAGGAAGAUACGCUACAAGGCAGCGGCGAUAGCGAUAACGAUAACGAUAACGAUGGCAAUGACGAUGACGAUGACGAUGAAGAUGAUGCAGAUGUCGAUGCGGAUGCAGAUGCAGAUGCAGAUGAAGAUAUGGACGAUAAUGAUCACGAUGAUGUGGAGGAUGGAGAUGAUAUGCUGCCUGAUUCUGAUUUGAAUACCGAAAUUACGGGCAGGAUUAACACAGACUUGGGCAGCGGCAAAACCGUUGAGAACAAUAAUGAAGAUGAUCACACCAUCGAUGUGGAUGGCGUUGAGGAUGCUGAUGAUGAGCUCUACACUGAAAUCAGCGUUAAGAAGGAUGGCACGGAACGAGCCGGCGGAUCGGGUGGCAGCAUCAGCACCAACGUCCACGAGUUGGAUCCCAAUAAGAAUAUCAACAGCCAACCGACAGACACGAAAAUCGUUGAGCAUAGGCCCGGUGGAAACAGUGAGGUUGUCAUCAUGAGCGAGGAGGAUCGCACGACAAGUUUCUUUGCGCAGCCCGGCAUAUUGGCUGCUGUCAUUGGUGGCGCCGUUGUGGGUCUACUGUGUGCCAUACUUGUGGUCAUGUUCAUUGUGUAUCGCAUGCGGAAAAAGGAUGAAGGAUCCUAUGCGCUGGACGAGCCAAAGCGUUCGCCUGCCAACAAUUCCUAUGCGAAAAAUGCGAACAACCGUGAAUUCUACGCCUGAGAUAAUGGCUCAGCGCGCAGGUAUUAAGCUGAACCGGAGCAGAAAGUAGGCGUGGCAGUAGUCACUGGAGCGGAGUCAUCACAACAACAAUUGACAAUUUUGGUUACGAAGUGCGUUCGUUAAUUUUGAUUAACAAGCUCAGCUCAAUACACUGCGCGAUAUUGCCCAGCUGAGACGACAACAAAAACAACAACAACAAGAACAUAAACAAAACAAAAACUAACAACACAACAACAAGCAAGCAACAACUCUUGAAAUCACACAACUUUUUCGCGAGGGGUAAAAGAGAAAAA